GUCAGAACUUUCCCAGAUUAUUGAGUCCUGUUCUUUGCUGGAAAAUACUACCUCAACUACUGAAAGUUUUCAUCUGCUUGACUGGAGCGUGCUCCACAGCUUCUCCCAAACAGCAUGAGUACAGGAAUCCCUUCUGAAAGAGAGCGGCAAAAACCGAAAUUGAGAGAAGAGCCUUUGGAAAAGGAUAUUAACGGAACAGUAAAUAAAAGCUCAGCACAAUGGGUGAUCCGAGUCACUUACCUGAUUACAGUUGUGGACCAGACCUGCCUAUUCAUGCAAUUUGGGAUUGUUCCAUAUUUGGCAACAAGACUGGGUUUGGAUGCAGUUGGAUUUGGUUACCUGCAAACAAUCUUUGGUGUUCUUCAGCUUCUGGGAGGUCCCAUUUUUGGAAGGUUUGCAGACAAGUUUGGAAGCAGAUCUGCCUUGACACUCUCAUAUCUGGCUGGAUCUUUGUGCUUCUUGCUCCUGUCUGUGUCCUCCAGCAUCCCACUGCUGUUUUUUUCCAGACUUCCAUCCAUCUUCGUACAUGGACUGCCAGGUGCUCAGAUGGUCAUAACGGAUUUGACUACCCCAGCCAAACGUGCUGAUGCUUUAGGAAAAAUUGGACUUUGUUUUGGAAUGGGAAUAAUCAUCGGCUCUUCACUGGGUGGAACUUUAAUCACCACAUUUGGCAUCCAGUGUCCUUGCUAUGUCGCAUUAACGGGGUGUCUGACGUGUGCUUUAAUGGCCUUCAUCAUGAUUCCUGCCCAGACAAAGGCACCGUUGAAAGGAAACACUCCCCAACAGAGCUUGUCCCAGUCCAGCAGUGUAUUUAGUUUCAAAGAAAUCAUUCGCUUAAUGAAACUUCCGGGAGUUAUGGAUAUUUUUCUAAUCAAGGUCCUUUCUUUACUUCCUACAGGUGUGUUCCUGAUCAUGUUUGCUAUCAUCUCCAUUGAUUUCUUUGGUUUGGAGGCAGCACAGGCUGGAUACCUGAUGUCUUACUGCGGAAUCCUUCAAAUGGUCAUCCAGGGCCUAGUAUUGGGAAGAUUAACUAGUCGCUAUACAGAACAGACCCUGCUCAUGCUGAGCGUCGUCGUCUCAUGUGGAGUGGGCAUUGCUAUGGUCUUGAUGAGCAGCGUCUUCCAUUACUGCCUCAUUGUGCCUUUUAUGGUGCUCUCCUUCAGUAUUGUUGGUGUCAUCACCGACAUCCUCCUGACAAAGUCCGUUCCAGCUUCUGACACUGGUGCAAUGCUGGGAAUAAGUGCUUCCAUUACACCACUUACACGGACACUAGGCCCAACAAUAGGAGGAUUCUUAUACAGAAGAUUCGGGGUCUCAUCUUUUGGUUAUUUACAGCUGUUGGUCAAUAUGUCCCUGUUUUUGUUUAUCUUGAAGAAGAGGAUCCCUCAGAAAGAAGGAAAAGAUCAGUGACUGAUUCCUUGUACAAUUGGAUCAGAUGAGCAAGGAUAGCCCAGUUUUAACUGUAUUUUAGCACUUCUGUUUUAAUUUUCCUAUCUGGCCAAAAAUAGAUAAAUUUAAGCCAACUCCUUUAACACAGUGAAGUGUACUGUAGAUAUUGUUGGAUAAAAACAUGCAAAGAGCCAUCCUGGAGCAAACCAAAGACCUAUUCAGCGUAGCAGUCUGUUCCCACAGUAGUCCCACUCAGGAAGUCCACAAAUACAGCAAGCGCGCAACAGCACCCUUCUGCAUGUGACCCCAGCAACCAGCACCGAGAAAUAGACUGCCCCUGAUACAGACGCCUUGUCCUCCAUGAAUUGAUAGAAUCCCCUUUUAAAGUUGCCCAAAUUGGUGGUCAUUACUGCUCCUACUAUUAUUACUAAUUACAUUUCUGUACUGCCCAUAGCCAAAGCUCUCAGGGUGAUUCACAUUUUAAGUCACCCAUCCGGAUUUCAACCAUGCCUGACCCUGCUUAGCUUCCAAGAUUAGGCAGCAGCAGGCUCUUCAGACAGCACAGAAGCUGUAUUACUAUACCCUGUGGUAGAAAAUUCCAUAGUUGAAAAAUAAGCUGUGUGGAGAAGCAUUUCCUUUUACCCAUCCAGACUCACUCACCAUUCAGCUUUUUGCCCUGACUCCAGUUUCUAGUGGUACAGGAGAAAACUUUUCCCUAUCCACUUUUUCAACAGCAUGAACAGUUUUGUACGUACAACAUGCAAUCUUCUGUCCACCUGGUACCCUUAAUUACUACUCUUCUGUAGUUUCUUCUGUAGUUUUAAUUGGUGGGGUGUUACCAAGUAUCUCUGCAUCCUGCAGUUUUGCAGAAUAAAUAGCCUAGGUUUGGAAAAGCAAGCACCCAUUCCUUCUCCUGUUCUAAACAGGAUUAUUACUACUACUACUACUGCUACUACUACAUUUCUAUACUACCCAUAGGUGAAGCGCUC